AUGGCGGCAGUUGUCAGUGAGGUGGGGGCGAGGGAGGCUGCGCUGCGCCGGGCUAACUGUGCUUCCGUGCUCGUUCUAUCUCCAUGACGGUGUACACGGGAAUAUCCUAGUGAGGAACCUCAUCCAUACACACUGGAUACUUAUAAGGACACAAAAUGAGGCGGCGCGUGUGAGGCAGUGGUGAAAGCCCCGGCACAGAGUGAGACUAUAAGAAAGUGUGCUCCAGCUUCCACCGAGACACUUGUCCCAAACUGUUAAUCCCGAGUGGUCCGUAGCCCGUGGUGCGUGUAGUGCCCCGUGGUAGUGUCCCUGGCGUGGCUGCGGCUCCCCCUUCACCGCCACCACCACCACCACCACCACCACUCAACACUCAACACUUCGCCCGGUGGUGACCAGCAGAGCACCAGCCAUGGAGGCAGGCGAGCAGAGCGUGUGCAGCGCACGCGCCUCCGUCAUGAUCUACGAUGAUGUCAAUAAAAAAUGGCUACCAUCUGGUACUUCCACUGGACUGUCCAAAGUACACAUCUAUCAGCACACACUGAACAACACCUUCAGGGUGGUUGGCCGCAAGCUGCAGGACCAUGAGGUGGUCAUAAAUUGUGCUAUCCUGAAGGGGCUCAAGUAUAACCAAGCCACCGUCACCUUCCAUCAGUGGCGAGACAACCGGCAGGUGUACGGCCUCAACUUCUCUAGUAAAGAUGAUGCUGAUGCCUUUGCGCAGGCAAUGCUCAAGGCACUUGAGGUGCUCAAUAAUGGAGGAGGUGUGCGUCAGAUGCCUCCCCCGCCCCCUCCUGUCACACCUUCACAGCAACAGCAGCAGCAGGUGCAGCAGCAGCAGCAGCAACCACCAGUUCAGCAGCAACAACCACAGCAGCCACCAAUGAUGACCCAGCCACAGCAGCCUCAGUACCACAACCAGAUGUACGCCGAGGAGGACAUGGGGUACAGGUACGCUGAGCCCCACGCGUACAGCAACCACUACGAGAAAACCUACGACAGGACCUACGACAACUUCCAGCAUUACCAUGACACACGGACCAUGACACGUGAAGACAUAGCAGUGAUGCAGGAGCGCCGCAUGACCACCCAGCAGAACAUGGGUGCUCCCCCUCCUCCACCUCCUGUGCCAGCCGGUCACCAUCGCACCAACUCAGCUCCAAAUAACCCUCCUCCAGCACCACCUGGCCCAUCUAUACCUCCCUCCAGUGGGCCACCUCCUGUACCCACUAGUUGUCCACCCCCCCUGCCUGCUGGUGGACCUGCACCUCUUCCUCCUGGAGGGACUCCUGCUCCUCCAGCUCCUCCCAUUGGAGGUCCACCUGCUCCUCCAGCACCUCCUAUGAGUGGACCCCCUCCUCCACCCAUGGGUGGCCCUCCUCCACCUCCAGCUCCACCAGCACCUCCACUUGCUGGAGCUCCUCCUCCUCCUCCUCCUCCUCCAGGAGGAUUGGCCAGGUCACAGUCAUCUUCAGAAGAGACCUCCGCCAGCAGUGGAUUAGCAGCAGCGUUGGCAGGUGCCAAAUUACGCAAGACCCGUGCCCCAGACAGUGAAAGCACGGGCUCCAGCAGUUCAGGAGGAAGCAUUGGACGAGGCUCUGGGGAGAGGCCUGCUCUGGGGGGAAUGAUGAGUAUGAUGGAUGAGAUGGCUGCAACACUAGCUCGGCGUCGAGCCAAGAACAAGGAUCCCCCUUCUUCACCUACUCAGUCUCAGGACCCACCCAGAUCCUCACAAAAGAGUCCUGGUAAUCAGUCCUCCAAUGGAAAGACUGGACCAGAAUCUCCAAAGCCUCCCCGCAAGAGGUUUGGGUCCACCUCGGAUGAUGGAGCUCCAAGAGUCAAUGGGCUUGGUGAAGGCGGGGCAGGUGGGGGCACUUGUAGCGGAGACCUAGAGAGACUUAAGGAAGAAAUAAUGGAAGAAAUGAGAAAGGAAUUGGACAAAGUUAAACAGGAUAUUAUUGAAGCGCUCAAGAUGGAACUUAAUCGGAGAUAAGUGGCCAGCAUGUGUAAAGGUACUUUUUGUUAUUAGAUGAGAUAUUCAUGGCAUUAGAAAAUCAAACUGAAGAAGCCUGAUUAAUGAAUUAGGGGACCACUAAUACUUUUAUCCCAUACUGGAUUCAUUUGGGCACCACAAGAACCAAGAAAUGUGAGCUGUCCACCACUGCUGUCACUAUUGUCAAACCUUUAAAAACUCAUUCAAAAAAUUGUUAUCUCUUCCAUCAUAUGUGUUAGGUUGUCUUCAUUGGAAUAUUAUGAUGGACUGUAUUCAAAAUUGUUUUUUUGUACAAAAUUUGAAAAGACAUUGUGUUACAUCUCACUGUUAAUAGGGUUCAUUGUGUUGGAUGUGUGGGACUUCUAUCAGUGGUACAGCACUAUUGCUAUGUGACAUAGUAUUAUCCCACAUCAUCUGCAUUUCUGUAAGCUGGUGGCUGCUAGUCUGGUGCCAAGUGGCUAUUCACAGUACAUGGUGAUAGAAGCCUACGUUGCUUCUCAUCACCAACUG